CCACCAGUUCUAUCUCAAGGGGAAACCGUUUCCUAGGUUUUCCAGCGACCUUUCCUCGCUCCCUUAUUUAGGGGUCUUCCUCUCGCUUUCGAUCUCCUUCGAACGCCCUCCCAGGUCCAACCGGUUCUUUUAUCUCAAAGGGAAACCGUUUCCUAGGUUUUCCACCGACUUGUCCUCUCUCUUCCUUUUAGUUCUUUCCUUCGCUUUCGAUAUCCUUCGUACGACCUCUGGAAUUCGACUCCCGUCUCCACCAUGGCCGUGCGCUUCAAGUUUCGGAGUUCGGCCGCCUUCGAGUCGGUGGACCUUGGUGGCCGCCCCUCCAUCUCCGUCAGCGACCUUCGCUCCAGGAUCCUCCACCUCGUCAACCUCCCGAUCUGCCGCGACUUCGACCUCCUGAUCUCCGACGCUCUCACCGGCCACCCGUUCGACGACGAGGGGUUCCAAAUCCCGAUGGGUUCCAGCGUUAUCGUCAAGAGAGUACCCGCCUGCAAAUCCGCGCCUUUGGAUCCGGUGGGUGGGAAUUCUGCAAUGAAGCACCGCGGGCUCGCAAAUUCCCUGGUUUCUUCACCUUCGGAGAACGUUGACAUGGACAGCUUUGAUGACUUUGGUAAUGAUUUGUAUCCUGCUUUUGAAGCACCUCUACUGGAGUCAGAUGCCAAAGUUGCCAACAUAAAUAUAGUUGAUAAAAAAGAUGAUAUUUCAAGAUCCUUGGAGACUCCAAUCUCAAGAUGUCAGAACAUUGGAGGAAGUGAUCUUAGUGAAGCUAUGUCAAAGGAAAUCAUCAGAGACAACUACAGUAAUGAAUGUGAUAUUGACAAUAACAAGAAGCAAAUGAAGCUGAAGUCUAAGAGACAAGAGCAAAAUAAGUUUGAUGAAGGUGUUGGUUUGUGCUCCCCAACAAUGUUGAACACAGAUCUGCCACCAGAAUUGAGAUGCUCUCUUUGUAACGCAAUCUUUAAAGAGGCUGUGAUGAUACCAUGCUGCCAACAUAGUUUUUGUGACAAGUGUAUUCGUUCAGCAUUGUUUGAGAGGGCAAGGUGUCCCAUGUGCUCUUCCACCAAGUGCACUGUUAAAGACCUGUUGCCUAAUUUGUCACUUCGGCAGGCUAUUGAACAUUUCCUUGAGGCACAAGUGGCAAUUAAUGACUUAGAUAAGAACACUCCAAAAUAUGCUCCAGAUGGGGAAUCAGGAAUUCAAGCAAAAGAAUUGUCUUGUGCUGUGUCUGUUCGUCAACAAGAAGCACAAUUUCCAAACUCUCCCUCUGCAACAGGGAAGGGAUCCAAUCAGAUUAUGACUGAAUCAGCAUAUGAGAAUAAAAGAAGUGCCGGUAUUAAUAUACUUUUAGACACAGCUAAGUCUGCGAAAUCAGCUCCAUCAUCACAUAAGAUCAACCAGAUAAAAGGUGAUGAAAAUAGCUCUGCACAAGCCUUGAAGCAGAUGCAUGAGUUUCAAGAAAGUGGUAGGUCCUCAAAGUUGCCUCAGAAGCUUCCACUGAACAAGGAAGUUAAUUUGACUAUCCAGAGAAAGAAGGGGUCUGCCUUUAACACUCCAGAUGGAAGUGGGGCUUUAAUGCCACCGAGUCAGAACAGAAAGGGCACCCGGAAUUGUUACAUGUGUGGCUCUCCAAACCAUUUGGUUCGAGAUUGCCCAGCAGCUUCCAAUCCAUACCCAGGAGAUGCUGCAUUCCCUGGGGGCAUGUCAGCUUAUGGACAUCCUUUCUGGCAUGGAGCCUCAUUACCCCAUUUUAGGCCUUUUGCAAAUAUCUAUGGUGCCCCUGGUGUAAUGCCCUUUGAUCCAACAGUAAUCCAAGUUUCACCUUUUGGGAUGCCUUCAUAUAUGCCAUCAUUAUAUGCGGGCAUGGCAGGACCCUACAGUCUGAUGAGGAUGGGAGGUGUCCCACCUCCCUUGAUGGCUGGAGCAGAACAUCCUUUUUCUCGUGCUGAAUUUAUGAAACUUCAGGAUGGUGAACUGAAGCACAAGCUUUUGAAUGAAUGUCGAGAGAGAGAACUUGAUUAUGAUGCUGUAUCUGAAGAUAAUCGUGAUAAUGAAGCAAGAAGAAGAUCGCAUGAACGGAAACAUUACUUAGAUAAGGAGCCCAUUAAAACCUGCUCUGACAGUGAAAACCAGAGGAUGGACAAGAAAAACUCACUUGAGAAACAUCAUAGCCCUUCCCGUCGAAGGCCAGGAUUCACUUCAGAUGAAGAAAUUUACUCAGCUGAUCUGAAACACAAGGAAUCAUGUACAUCAGUUUCUAGAAGAAAUCAAAGGGUGCAUUACUCUGAGAAAUCAAAAUCUGAAAGGCAAGAUGCAACUAACAGCUCCAGCUGGCAUAGUAGAGACAGGAGAAAACAUAAGCAUAGAAGUUCUAAGAAACACAGUGAAAAAAGAGGUCAAUAUAGCAGUGUUUAUGACCAAAGAAGUCAUCGUCGGAAUCAGAAAGAGGUGCCUGACAAUCAUGAGAAGGAUUCAAAAGAUCCUCACAGGCACCACUGCACGCAUCAUAAUCACUCAGAGAAUGGUUUGGAACCAGAUCUCUCAAGUGGCCGGAGACAACUCAUCAAGGAGAAAGAAUCCAGUCAUAGUUCUAGGCACUCCAAGUCAAAGGUAAGUUUGAGAGAUGACCGGUCGGAGGUUGACAGAUGGGAGAUGGUUGAUGGUUCAGAUGAGGAUUUAAGAGGAGAGAAUUAUUACCAUAAGCGGAAGAGAACCCGCUAAAUCUUGGGAACUUCCUGUUAUUUUAUGGGCACAUCUUACCAACACCAUCAAGGGAGUGGCUUGUAUCAUACAGCUCGAGAUGUGUAGUAUUACAACCACAACAAACAUAUCAUUGGAGCUGUUGACAAGUAAAUCAAAAGAUAAUUACCAUGCUGCAUGUAAACCCAUCCACGCAGAUAAUUUCUUCAAGAUGAUACAGAAGGAGAUUGGAGGAACAAGUGAUUUUUGAGAACAAAACUUAUGUACGCAAGCUUAAUAAGUGUUGUUGGAUUGAAAGUAAAUAUUCUUGUGUGAAGGUCAGCUUCUACAAAAACGAGUCUGAAGGUUGGGUCUCACCCACGAGGGGGUUGGGGAGUAUGCCUGAUCUUUGAAUCCUUGAUUUUAAAAACAGGACUUCUUUUCAUUUUGUUUUGCUUGGAUCAUCUCCAGAAUGUUGUGCACUCUAGAGAAUAUAUUGGUAAUCUUUGCAGUAGUUACAAGUCGAACUCACCAUUUUAUCAAUACUGUAUCAUAGGCAAUGGGGAAAUUUAUAAUCAUAUAAAAAGGAUAUAAUUAUAUAAAAGGCUUGAUCUAAGAACUUGUAUAUUGGAUCACUUGAAAGGGUUGAGGUGCAGAAGCGAAUGUAGUCACAUAUCUCAUCAGGUAAAUGUAAUCACGUAUUCCUAAAUUUUUUUUCUUUUAUCAUAUUAGGGUGCUGUGAAGGGUUAGGCAGGUGCAUCAUUUUUCUUCAAUUCAGUGGAUCCAGAAAGUCAUUUGGUUUUUGUUUCUGGACAUUUCAAAUCAGGAGCUAUGCAUCUUUAGUCUUUUUUUUUUUUGCCUUGCUUGCUAUUGGUUUGUAAGAUCGUAAACACCUGUCGGGUGGACCUAACGACCGUAGGAUUAUAAGUUUCUUGUUAAUUUAUUUUCUUUGUCUAAUCUUUUUAUGCUCGUAGCAAAUGACAUUGAUUUAUUUCCUUGAAUUUCAUUAAACCUAUUGAUU